AUGAGGCAGUACCAGGUGGACAUGACGCUGGUCACUGCCCUAGUCGAGCGUUGGAGACCGGAGACACAUACGUUUAUGUUUUCGGAGGGGGAGUGCACCAUCACGCUUCAGGACGUAGCGAUCCUUACUGGACUUCCCACAGAUGGGGCUCCUAUCACCGGUCCUACAGUGACUGACUGGAACAGUGUCACCAUGCGCCUUCUUGGGAGACGGUACAAGCCGACUCGUACGGAUAACGGCGGGUUUGUGAAAGUGUCCUGGUUAAAAACGGAGUUUCAAAAGUUUGAACAUGUGCCCGCACCAGGUGGACAGGAGCAGGUCGACUGGGCCGUUAGAGCCUAUCUUUUGCUUGUCAUAUGGUCCUUGUGUUUUCCGGAUUUGAACAGCGGCCAGAUUGGACUGAGGAUCCUCCCGACGAGACUGCAGACCUAUAGCUGGGGAUCGGCGACUCUCGCACAUCUAUAUCACGAGAUGUGCUUGUCCAUUUUGAUUUCAGAGCGCAGAAAGAACAUUGGGGGGGGGGCAUUUGGCUACUCCAGCUCUGGCCAUUCGAGCGACUUAGGCCGUUGA